GUAAAUGAUGAGAUGCUGCGGUAACGGUAGUGCUCACCUACCCAAUACGGCAAGAACAUGGCAAUGACAGGGGUUCCAAAGGAGCGCCAUGGACCCGGGAGAUCGCCAAGCAUCGUAAUUGUAAACAGCGGCGAUAAGAUUAAUCCUAGAAAACCCCCCAAAUCCCCAAUUCUUAGCACAAACAUAUCGCAUCAUCAUUCACUAGUAUACUCGGUGACAAUCAUCAGUCCAAGCCAAACAAACCAACAUGUCGCGACCUCUCCUCCUCGGCAUCGCCGCCCUAGCAAACACCAUCCUCGCUCUCUCCGUCCCACCAACCUGGACCCUCCUCCCCACAAACAGCACCGCGCGCUUCCGCGGUCUAUCCGCCGUAUCCCGCACCACAGCCUGGGUCUCCGGGUCCAACAGCACAAUCCUGCGCACCACCAACAGCGGAUCCACCUGGGUCUCCGUCGGCCCGUCCACCGUCCCCGCGCUCGAUUUCCGGGACAUACAAGCGUGGUCCGCGGACACCGCUGUCGCGCUGUCCAUCGGCGCGGGGAACGAUUCGCGUAUCUACACCACUGCUAACGGCGGUAGAUCCUGGGUUCUGGCGUUCGUGAAUGAAGACUUGGAUGCGUUUUACGAUUGUUUCGCGUUUGAUAGUGGGGGGUAUGGGAUGGCGCUGAGUGACCCCGUAAACGGCAAGUUCCGACUUCUCGAGACGCGGGAUGCGGGGCGGAGUUGGGGUGUUGUUAGCGAUGCGGAUAUGCCGAGCGCGAGGGCGGGGGAGGCGGCGUUUGCGGCGAGUGGGACGUGUGUUGCGACGGCGGGGGGACGGUGGUAUAUUGCGUCUGGUGGGACCGAUCCGGGGAGGGUGUUUAGGAGUGGGGAUGGGAGGCGCUGGGAUGUUUCUGAUGCUGCUGUUGCUGGGGGGGAGGGGAAGGGGGUGUUUUCAGUGCAGUUUCGGGAUGGGAGAGUUGGGAUUGCGGUUGGUGGGGAUUACGAGGCGCCUGAGGGGGAUGGGGAUAAUGCGGCGUGGACUGGGGAUGGGGGCGUCACUUGGGUGCCGGCUACUUCGUUCCCUGCUGGUUACCGCUCUGGGUCCGCGUGGGUUCCGGGGCGUUGGGGUGUGGCGCUUGCUGUUGGCCCGACGGGCUCAGAUGUCACGUUUGAUAGUGGUCGGAAUUGGCAUGUUUUCGAUAAUGGCAGUUUUGAUAGCGUGGAGUGUAUAAAUGGGAAUGUGUGUUGGGCAUCUGGGGAGAAUGGUAGGGUAGCACGUUUGGGUCUGUAAGAAGAUAAUCCAUUUGCCAACCCGCCGAUAGUACGCUAUAUGCUACAAUAAGCUACAGGGAUUACAGCGCUUCAAGCCCCUUAUAAACCCCUAUUGACAACAAGCUAGUUCCAGCGCACCCCAUCUGAAAGUAGG